UUUACAAAUGCGCCUAGCUCGGCGCUUCCGGUUUACUGUUGGCUCUGUCAGACAAGUUUAGUUUAGUUGUUUGUUUGUUUUUCACCCCUUCUGCUGUCUUCGGAUAUGUCUCAUGCAUUGAGGACACUUUGUACUGGAGUGUUUAGCGUUCAGAGAUCCGCAGCGCUGCAGUGAAGGACGGCCAGAGUCAGAGUCAGCCGUUUGAUGAGUCUCUGCUGGAGUUUCUUGUGUGUCCACUGUCCAAAAAACCCCUGAGGUACGACGAAAGGAGCAACGAAUUAAUAAACGAACAGCCUGGUAUUGCAUAUCCCAUCAUUGAUGGUAUUCCUAAGAUGAUCCCACAAGAUGCAAGAAUGAUCCAUAAGAGCGCAGCGACUGAAAAACCCACUCAAUCUUGAAUUUAUAAAGCUAAUACUUCACUCUUCAUUUUCUGCCACAAUGUUUUUCUCCCUGUCUACAGUGACUGUUCUUGUACCACUGAUAUCUUUGUCUGGACUCUUUUACUCUGCAGCAGUGGAUGAAAAUUUCCCUCAAGGCUGUACAAGCGCAAGCAGCGUGUGUUUCUACAGCCUGCUGCUGCCAGUAACAAUUCCUGUCUAUGUUUUCUUUCACCUUUGGAAGUGGAUGGGAAUCAAGCUGUUUAGACACAAUUAAAACUGUACAACGGUGAGACUGUUUUAACUGUAGGAACU